ACGCAGUUUUUUUUUCAUAGCAAAACGCCAAACGGAGCAGCAGAAGAUUUGGACAUUCAUUCAUUCAGUUUAAUUUGGAUAAAAAGCUAAUUUUAUAAAUUUCUAUUUUAUACAGACAAAAUGUCCUCUACCUCGGCCAUAACACAGGAUAAAUUGGACAAAUGGCGCCAGAAUUUCUACAGUGAGCCAAAAAAUGUAUUGGCGCAAAAUGUCUGUUCACGCUUUGAUCCGUUCGAUGUGUGUCUAUCGCGUAAAUGUUUGGAGACCACCAAUCAUGUGUUCACCCACAAAGUGGAAAUGGAGGGCAAACCGGUGACCAAUCAAAGAAGUUCGGGCAGAUGCUGGUUAUUUGCCGCCCUCAACUGCUUACGCUUGCCACUGAUGAAAGAAUACAAUUUGGAUGAAUUUGAAUUCUCUCAGGCAUAUCUCUUCUAUUGGGAUAAAAUUGAACGUUGCAAUUACUUCUUGAAUAACAUCGUAAAGACAUCCAAGCGUGGCGAAAAAGUCGAUGGUCGUCUAGUGUCAUUUUUAUUGAAUGAUCCUACAUCCGAUGGAGGUCAAUGGGAUAUGUUAGUUAAUUUGAUUACCAAACAUGGUCUUAUGCCAAAGAAAUGUUUUCCCGAGAGUUUCAGUUGUGAGUCGAGUAUGCGCAUGAAUGGAGUCUUGAAAAGCAAGCUACGUGAAUAUGCCAAAGUGCUGCGUGUCCUGAUGGAUACCAAUCCCUCCGAUGAGCAGGUUAAUGCUAAGAUCGAUGAAAUGAUGGAAGAAAUCUACAAAGUUGUUGGCAUUUGCUUGGGAAUACCGGCCAAAGAAUUUACCUGGGAGUAUUACGAUAAAACCAAAAACUAUAAUGCCGUGGGGCCCAUUACACCUCUAGAGUUCUACAAUACCAAGGUUAAACCGUUAUUCAAUGUGGAGGAUAAGAUGUGUUUAGUUACAGAUCCUCGUCCCUCCAGUGAAUACAAUCAGGCCUAUACCGUGGACUGUUUGGGCAAUGUGGUCGAUGGUCGACCCGUCUUGUAUAAUAAUCAGCCUGUUGAAAUUUUGCUAGAAAUGGUGGCGGCUAGCUUAAAAGCUGGCGAACCCGUUUGGUUUGGCUGUGAAGUUAGCAAACGUUUCGCCGGCAAACAAGGCAUUGAAGACUUGAAUGUACAUGAUUUCAAAUUGGUAUUCGAUGUUGAUAUCCAAAAUACAAUGACCAAAGCUGAUCGUCUGAUUUAUGGCGAAUCAGCCAUGACUCAUGCCAUGGUAUUCACAGCCAUUUCAUUGGAUGAAAACGGUCUGGCCAAGAAACUGCGUGUCGAAAACUCCUGGGGCGAGGAUCGAGGCGAGAAGGGUUAUUUGGUGAUGUCUGCGGAAUGGUUCAAGGAAUUCGGUUUCGAGGUUGUGGUCGAUAAGAAAUUUUUGCCUGCCUCCGUUCUAAGUGUAUUCGAUCAGGAUCCCAUAGUUUUGCCCGCCUGGGAUCCCAUGGGUACCUUGGCCCAAUAGAAUGAUGAAACCUAUUCUACAUUUUUAUAUACAUAUAUAAAUAAAUAUAUUUCAAUUAAAAAAAUUUAAAGAAAUCAACUUUAAGAGAAACAAAGCAAAAAAAAAAAAAAAAAAAAAAAAAAAAAACACACGAGAAAGUAAUAACCAAAACCGCUAAAUCAUGCUUUUCGUCUAUGAAACCAUGGUGUUUUCCCCAUAUCCAUACACACACACUUUUCUAAGCAUCACUACUGUAAAAGAUUUAAAGAAAAUAUUAAUGAUGUGUAUAUGCAGCACCAUCACCAUCCCCCCAAAUCCCCAUCAUGAAACAUAUAUAACCUUAUUAUACAUACAUUUUUAUAAAAAUACAUGAAAUCUAUAUAAGAUAGUA